AUGCGUUUGCUGCACCACCCCAGCCUCCACCUUUCUCACGCCGGACGACAUUUAGCACGUCCGACGCUCGCUUCAUACCUCCUCUAUUUCAAGCCGUUUCUCCGUGCAACCGAAAAGCUGGAGCUGCCGUCGAUCUCGCAGGUCCACACCCGCGGUCCUGCUGACAUCCCCUGGUACAACCAUCACGCGGCAGAACGACCGUUAUUGCCCGGCGAUAAACUCCCCGCUCUCAGCCUACCGACAGCCACCCAGGGCCUCUCCCGGACAACCUAUCACGAUUCAUCCGUGACCAAUUCCAGCAAUUCCAGCGCUCGCACGAGUCUGUCUGGUGCCUCCGUGCCGGUGAACGAGCCCAGGAGCUCCCCAUCAUCCGUGGACGUGUCAGGGACCCAGGGUCGGCUUUCUUUGGAUUCCUCCGCCCCGACUGAAUAUAGUCUUCCGCCUUCCGUCAACGACGGCUACUAUCCUAGUCCGACCUCUCUCGGCAGCAUGAACCAGGCCCAGCCGUAUAUGGAUGUCCACUCGCACAUGUCCUCUGCUCAAUCAUACGCUCCCCAAGGCGCAACCGCCGGCGCAAUGUCUCAUUAUCAGUACCACGCACAACCCCCGGUGAUGCAGCCUGCACCUUCUUAUCCCCCGGCUGCCUAUCCUCAAUAUGGUUAUUCCAAUGGCGUUACUUCACCUCCCACGGGUCACCCGCCAAGCUCAAUGGGUGGCCAGAUGCCCGCCCAGCUGCUGCCGUUGCCUGGUAAGCUUCAAAGCCAGAAUGUGGUCGAUGAUUAUUCUGAUCGUUAUCAAGUGAGCAAUCACGCUGGGGCACCCCCAACGGGAUAUGGGAACAAUACUGGUUCCCCGCUCCAAGGCUUUGUCUUUGACACCACGGGCCAAGUUGCACCACCUGGAGCCAAGCCACGAGUGACAGCCACCUUGUGGGAAGACGAGGGGAGCCUCUGCUAUCAGGUGGAAGCAAAGGGAGUUUGCGUCGCUCGGCGCGAGGAUAACCACAUGAUCAACGGCACCAAACUGUUGAACGUCGCUGGCAUGACCCGCGGUCGACGCGAUGGAAUCCUCAAGAGCGAAAAGCUUCGACAUGUUGUAAAAAUCGGUCCAAUGCAUCUCAAGGGUGUCUGGAUCCCAUUCGAGCGUGCUCUGGAAUUUGCCAACAAGGAGAAGAUCACGGAUCUCCUGUACCCGCUCUUUGUGCACAACAUCGGUGGUCUACUAUACCAUCCCGCUAACCAGAGCCGAACGAACAUGGUGGUGCAAGAGUCUCAGCAGCGUCGUCUCGAAGGCCCUCCGCCUGGUCCUCAGCGCACACCGUCUGGAUCUCAGCAAUCCUCAAUCCACCACCAUUCUCUGCAAACUCCCAUGUCCGCUCACAUGGCCCAAGGCCCAAUGGGCAACCAGCCUGGCUCUCGACCGGGUCUUGACCGUGCUAACACCUUUCCCACACCGCCAGCCAGCGCAUCCAGUCUCAUGGGUGUUUCCAACCAAGGCAGUUCAUACGAAUGGGGCGGACAAGUGCCACACUCUCAGCCAUUGUCCAUCGAUACCACAUUGACCAGCCAGCGCUCAAUGCCAACGACCCCAGCAACCACUCCCCCGGGCAACAACAUGCACGGCUUGCCCGCCUACCAAGCUCAAGGCUACGAUAGCUCGAAGCCCUACUACUCCGCAGCACCACAAGCGCACACUCAAUAUGCGCCACACACGCCUUUGACCCAAUCAGGGAUGUCCAGCUACGGCCAAUCUCUACCCGGCGGAUACAUGAAGAGCGAGAUGGCGCCACCAAACCCACGCCCAGGCGCAUCGGAGUCCGAACCCACCGAGCGUGACCCCAACCGCUACAGCCAGAGCAACGGGCCCGGCGAGUCCGUCUCGGAGCACGAGCAGGAGUAUCUGCAAGACCACAACGCCGCCUACAACUCUAACCGCGCCUCCUACACCUACACCACCAACCCUUCAGUCAGCUCCUUGACCGGCGAACACUCCCAGCUCACACCCGAGAUGACCAGCUCCCCAAGCCAACAGAACGGCUCCGGUCGCAUGACUCCGCGCACGGGCGCCGGCCCUCCUCCCCACUGGGCCUCGGGGUAUAACACUCCUCCUCGUCCCGCCGCCACUACCCUGUACAACGCCGUGAGCGAUACUCGCGGCACCCCGGUCAACGGUACCUCCGAUCCAUAUUCCAUGACCUCGACCACGACCCCGGUCUACGGAACUGGCAAUGGAUCGCUGAGUGCUGGCAGCAAGCGCAUGCGCGACGACGACGAUAUUCGCCCCGACAGUGCUUCUGAUUACGAUAUCUCCAAGCGUCGCAAGACCAUCACUGAAGGUUCAAUCGGUGGGCCGGUUGGUGGCCCGCCUAUUCUUCAACCCAUGAAGCCUAGCGCGGUCAUGGCUCGUCACCGCUAA